GCCGAGGAGGAAGGAGACGCUGAGGACCGGGCCGGGCUAAUCCGAGAGCAGUGACAGCGCACAGCAAAUGCGCGGCCACACAGACGGAUAGGCGGUCGGUGGCCGGCCGCGAGCGUGCGCAGUGGGGGUGCCCGCCCUUUCCGCCUUGCCUCCCGUUUGUAGCACCGAUGGCGGCGAGCGGCUCGGAGGCGGCUCAGCAGCAAAUUGAUGAAAUCCAAGCCCUCUCGUCCAUAUACGGUGAAGAUUGGUGUGUUGUUGAUGAAGAUGAGAAAAUCUAUUGUAUUAAGAUUGGUGACUGUCUGGAUCAACCAAAGUGGACCCUCUGCCUGCAGGUGAUUUUGCCUCCAGGAUACCCAACUGCAGAGCCACCUAUUUAUCAACUGAAUGCUCCUUGGCUUCGGGGACAAGAUUAUACGGAACUGGCAAAUAGCUUGGAAGAAAUAUAUAUGAUUUAUCUUCACCAAACUGUAGCAUGUUGGUCUUCUGCUCCACUGUGUCAGCUACCACUGACCUGCGGUCACAGUCCAGCAGGAUCAGCCCCUGCUGUACAGAACCUUGGUGAAAGUAUUCUUUAUUUAUGGGUGGAGAAGAUACGAGAAGUUCUGGUGGAAAAGGCGCAGUCAUCAGAUUCAGAACCAGAUAUUAAGAAAACCACUGAAGAAGUUGAUGAAGACAGUGGAGAUGAUUUUCUCCUAGACUAUCAGCCUGUUCAGGAAGAUCCAGUUGAAAUUUUAAAUUAUAUCACAUCUGAAAGUCAAGAAGAUGAAGAACUGCCAACAAUACAUCAUGGAAACCCACUCACAGAUCGAAGGAGUACUUUCCAGGCACAUCUGGCUCCUGUGGUGACACCCAGACAAGUAAAGAGAGUUCUUGAAAAAUUAUAUGAGAACAAGAAAAUUGCAAGUGCCACCCACAACAUAUAUGCAUACAGGAUAUACUGUGAAGAUAAGCAUACAUUCUUACAGGAUUGUGAAGAUGAUGGGGAGACAGCAGCAGGUGGACGUCUUCUUCAUCUUAUGCAGAUUUUGAAUGUCCAGAAUGUGUUAGUUGUGGUAUCCCGCUGGUAUGGUGGUAUUCUGUUAGGACCGGAUCGUUUUAAACAUAUCAACAAUUGUGCAAGAAAUGUACUUGUGGAAUACAACUAUGUACGUUCAGUGGAAGAAUCAUCCAAACCAGCAGGAAAGAGCAAAAAGAUAAGGAAGGAGAACAAGAAGAGAACAGAACACUAAUAUACUAAUUUAUUUUUUAAAACUAUAAAAGAUUACUUUGCACAUAUUUAUAGAAAGGAAACAUGGACAUUAAUGCCUUAUCAAAUACAAAGUUUUGUAUUUGAAAGAGAAUUUAGUAAAGCUAUAUCUGUUUUUCA